ACACAAACACACACAAACACAGUCACAGAUUUGUCCUGGUCUUUGUGUCUGCACAAUUUCUUGAGGCACAUUUAGCUUCUCAUGUACAAACAAUAACACAAGAGAACUGACCCACGGGGCCUCCCACUGUAGGGGUCGUAGGGCUGGGCAGGAGAAAGAAUGGCAUCACUGUCCCUCUUAAACAGCCUCUCAGCUCUCACCAGACCGCUCCAUACACCCCCCCAUCUUUCGUCAGACCUUAGCCGCCCCUGGGCGCAAAUCGCCCCACCCCGGAGCACAAAUCAUCUUUGUCCCCCCAGCACAAAGGGCCAGCCUGUCUGUCCGGCACCCUGCGCUGCGUCUCUGCUGGGCACUGGCGAAAGAGCCGCGGUCUCGCUACCUCUGCCUCCGCCUCAGCCCCUUCUGCGGCAUCUAUCUCUCACUGUCUGCGCCCGCGUGGACAACGUCUGGCGUGCCGUAUGUGCUUCCUGGGAACCACAGCUGAAGACACCUCUCAGCAUGGAGACAUACACCCAAGGAAUCAUCAUUGCAAUAUGUGGAAACUUUCUGAUCAGCAUAUCUUUAAAUAUCCAGAAGUACACCCAUGUGCGGCAGUCCCAGCGGGGCUCCAGUCAGCCCUACUAUAAGAGUGCGCUGUGGUGGCUGGGCAUCUCCCUCAUGGGCCUGGGGGAGCUGGGCAACUUUGCAGCCUAUGGCUUCGCCCCGGCCUCUCUCAUCGCACCCCUGGGCUGCGUCUCUGUUAUAGCCAGUGCCAUUAUCUCCGUGGUUUUCCUCAAAGAGAGUCUGCGCGCCUCCGACCUGCUCGGGGGAGCUCUUGCAAUCACUGGGACGUACCUCCUGGUGACCUUCGCCCCCCACUUCGCCCCUCAUGUCACUGCAAACAUGGUGGAGAGGAGCCUGAUGAGCUGGGAGUUCCUCACCUACAUUUUUGUGGAGGUGAUUGCGUUCUGCAUCCUGCUGUACCUCUACAAGUGCAGGAAAAUGAAGCACAUUGUGGUCAUCAUGUUGCUCGUCGCCCUGCUUGCAUCUGUAACGGUCAUCUCAGUCAAAGCCGUGUCUGGCAUGAUCACAGAGUCCAUUCAGGGGAACCAUCUCCAGUUCACCUACCCCAUCUUCUACGUCAUGUUCAUCCUCAUGGUGGCCUCCUGUGCUUUCCAGAUCAAGUUUCUCAAUCAAGCCAUGAAAAUGUUUGAUGCCACAGAAGUUGUGCCCAUCAACUAUGUUUUCUUCACGGCCAGUGCAAUAGUUGCAGGUAUCUUAUUCUAUCAGGAAUUCUUUGGCUUGUCUCCAGUCAACAUCCUCAUGUUUGUUCUUGGAUGUCUACUUUCUUUCAUUGGAGUGUUCCUGAUUGCUCGAACCAGACCUAAAAUCAAGACUGACCGUGUGUUCAUUAGUAUGGGUCAAAUCCCAGGGAAGAGGUGCACUGAGAAAGUCCAGCCAGAGACCAAGAGCAGCUCAUACGGAUCCCUGGCGUCCAAGCUGAUGUGCAACAGAGGAGUGCACACUGAGGAGUCCUAGAGUGGUACCACUGGGGCUACAGCAUGGCUAUACUGUACAGAGAGAGAGAGAGAGAGAGAGAGAGAGAGAGAGAGAGAGAGAGAGAGAGAGAGAGAGAGAGAGACAAUGUGUAAUGACUGAAAGAAGAGAGAGUGUGUAAAGACAGCAAGAUGGAGGAUGGGUCAGGACUAGCCCUGAUAGAGUACGCUGACUUGAAAGUGAUGUGUGCGUGCUGCUCAACCCUAAGACACUGACUGGUGUUUGCCUUUAACACAAUAACUUCACUCUCAGAGCUCUGCAAGCAAUGAAAAAGGGAAAUAUUCAUGAGAAAAUAAUAUUAUUUUGUUGUCAUGGCGAUAUUAACUUCUCUACUGAAAUUUAAUAAAAAAUGUUAUUAUGCCA